AUGAAAAUAAAAAAGCAACAUAGAAAGAAAAAAUAUCUUCAUAAGUUAAAUCGAAAACGAAUGCAUCUCAGGCAAAAAAGUACAGGCACAGUAAAUUGUAAAGCUUUGAAAGAAGCAUGGAAUAACAAUAGAUCAACUUUUCGUAAUUUGCGUGACAUGGGACUUGUAAAUGAUCCAAACAAAGCUAUAAAAAUACCCAGUUACAAAGAAGAACAAUUAAAAAUAGCCAAAAAAAUAGUGGAUCCUGAUGAGUCGGAAUCUGAAGAGCCCAAAGUAGUAAAAUCAAAACCUCGUAAGAAGGCUGUUGUUGAUAAGCUGGAACAAGAAGCACACGCUCCUAGGGAAAGAAGAUUUAAAUUACCAAAAGGUCAAGUAGAAUUUAUUACUUAUUUACUUGAUAAAUAUGGUCAUGAUUACAAAGCAAUGGCCAAAGACAAGAAAAAUUAUUACCAAGAAACAUGGAAACAGCUAAGGGCAAAAAUUAAAACAUUCAUGGGUAUACCACAACAAUAUGGUGAAUAUUUAAAAGCAAGAGGUUUAUUAGAUAAAGAAGAAAAUGAAGAUGAAUUAAAAGAACAGGCAAAAGCAUUAAUAAUGGACGAUAGUGAUUAA